AUGAAGUCCAACGCGCUACUUGUCGCCAUUGGCGCCUUUUCUGGUGUCUCCAUUGCCAGAGAGCUGGAGCCCAGCGCCGAGCUGUCAGCCUGGUAUGAUACCGGUGCGGCUCACCAAGAGAGCAUGGAGCACAAGAUCGCCCAAUGGGAACAAGCCGAGGCCGAAGGAAAGUUCGAUUCGACUCAGUGGACGGGUCGCGUCAAAGACUACCUCGCAUGCAAGGAUGGCAAGGUAGAGCUCGUCAAGGGCGACCCUCUUCAGACGUUCCGAUGCAAGGAUCUCGACCUCUACGACUUUCAACCUCACGCAGCGUUUGGCAACUCAACCGGCAGAGGUUCCGGGUCGUGGGGUUGGACGGCACCAAACGGCCGGGAGUUCUCUGCCAUUGGACAACUCGAUGGCACCGCUUUUGCCGAAGUCUCGAAGCAGGGCAAGCUGAUCUACCUCGGAAAAUUGCCGUACUUCUCCGAGCCAAGCAGGUGGCGUGAGAUUAAGGCUUACAAGAACUAUCUCGUCGUCGGUAGCGAGGCGCCUGGGCACGGAAUCCAAUUCUUCGACUUGCGCAAGCUACUCGACAUCGACCCCAAGAACCCCGUUGUCUUCUCCAAUGAGAAGGAUUUGACGGCUCAUUGGACCGAAGCUCUACCCCUUGGGCGCAGCCACAACGUCGUUGUCAACGAGGAAAAGGGAUAUGCCGUUGCCGUCGGUGCCCAGCCGCGUCGCAACCUUCCAUGCGACUCUGGUCUGCAGUUCCUCGAUCUCGCCGACAUCAACAAUCCUGUCUACCUGGGAUGUGCGGCUGGCGAUGGCUAUGUUCAUGACGCGCAGUGCAUUGUGUACCGUGGACCUGACGUUAAGUACUGGGGCCGCGACAUCUGCUACGGCUACAACGAGGAUACCUUGACCAUCUACGAUGUGACCGAGAAGAACAGCACCAACAUCAUCUCUCGUACCACUUACGAGGGUGCGACCUACACCCACCAGGGCUGGGUUAUUGAUCCCAACUGGCAGGACUUCUUGGUUUUGGACGACGAGAUUGACGAGAGGAACAAGACUGGCCCGGCGGCUGACGGUUUCCCUGGUACCGUCCGCAGUGUCGACCACAACCAAUUUAUCCACCGCGGUCUGGCGUACCAGAGCAACUAUGGCGCUGGGCUUCGUAUCCUGGACAUCUCAUCCAUUCGAUGGGAUCCCACAGCCAAGAACGUCAAGGAGAUUGCCUACUUUGACAUCUUUCCGGAAGACGACAAUGAGCCUGGCGGUGGAGCAAACAACUACACUGGUACUUGGAGCCAUUACCCGUACUUCAAGAGUGGCUACAUUGUCAUCAACACUAUUGAGCGUGGCGUUUGGGUUGUGAAACGAUCCAACCCCUGGUGGUGGCCUUGGUAA